UAUAAUAAUACUAGAUGACAUGCUGCAACUCGCGAGCGCAAUAUCAACAAGCAACAAAAUGAGCGAGUAUUAUCUGCAACGAGCAGGCAAGCUACCAUGGGUGUGAGCGAGAGAAAACAAACGUUCGAACUGCGUGUUAGCAGCAAUAUGAAUAUUCACAACAGUGAUGCCACUUAUUACCUUUUGUAAGCGAGCAACGAGGAGCAAUUACAUAAGCUGCAAGCUAUGAAACAAUCACUUAAACAAACUGUCACCACACUACAAUAAAUGUCUUUUUGCGUAGACAAUUCAAAAGUUAGACUCGUGAAUGAAGACUAUUGUGCAGCAAAUAAGAAAAUAUAUUGACAAAUUAAAAUAAUUAGCUUAGCGGCACAGUUUUCUAAACAAUUCAACAAGAAACUUCUAUUGGAGACUUUUAAAAACCGCUCCAUUUGCGUAUUAGCGUUCGUAUGUAUAUGUAACACACAUACACAAAUAAAGUGCAUCUGUAUAUUUGACUCAAGUGUCGGCAUUUGAAGCUUACAACUCUUUGCGACCGCAUUAAAAUUUAGCUGCUUGAUAUUUCAUUGAGAGGAAAGUUUGAGAUAAGACAACACACAAAUUCUGUUUUCGAUAUGCCUCCAAAGAAACACAAUGCGUUCAUGACGUUCGUCAACGAAUGGAAGAGCAAGAACAAGGAGGGUCGCCACAUGAGUAUUCCGCAGGCUGUAACCCACUGUGGAGAUAUAUGGAAGAAUAUGAAUGCCCAGCAACGUGGGCCGUACAUCGCACUUGCUAAAGAUGCGGAUGUGCUGGCUCGCUGCACUGUCGAGCGCCUUAACACCCAGGGCCAGGCUCUGUCUGCAGUGGAGCGUGAGGAGCGAGAUCUCGCUAAUCAAAUAAUGCUGAUGAAACAAAAUACUGAGCGCAUUGUGCGAGAAGGAAAGGAAAAUGAUGAUUUGGAGAACACAAAAUUCAUAUUUGCCGCCUUUAAUUACUUUAUUAAGGCAGUCGGCAAUGAUAUAUAUAUACCAGCCGAGUUUGCAGCCUGCGAGUUCUCGCUCAAGACUGGCAUGAACUCCAUUUACAGCUCUCACAUUAAUCCAGGUCAAUUGAUAUACGGACUUAGCAGCGACGCCAUGGAUCAUACGAGCACCACACAUCAGUUGCCCCUGCCGCCAAACGCUUUGGGCGAAACAAACAUGGGUAGAUUAUAUGAAAAUAUAUUGGAGUAUUUGCGUGGUAAAAAUGAUCCCAAGAAGCCUGUGAUUGUGUUCACCACCACCGAAAUGCUGCCUGUCGUAAAAGGUUGCCUGAGAUAUCUCGAAUCUGAUUGCUCCGAUGCAGAGGAGGGGGCGAUAGAGGUAUAUGAUAUUCGCUAUUUAUUUUUUAUUUUAAAAAAAGAAGUCGCCGAUAUUGCCGACUUGCCAACCGAUGAAAUUACAAAAACGGUGACAGACAACUUGUUUCAAAAGGAUUUCUUCGAGUACCACUCGGGAAUAUCUUGCCAGUUCCACGAAGAUAAUGAUCGCGGCAGAUACUGCGCCCAUUCAAUGGUGUCCAGAUGGUGCUUCAUUUUUAGUGACCACAUGUGUGCCGAUCUGGCAAUCAAGCCUGUGCCUGGCAAGCACAUGCCGCCCCAACAAGAACAAAGAUUUUCGGUGACGAAUCCUGACGAGUCCACUGCGGAAACUUCUUUCCAGUCGUGUGAGUCAGCUGUAAAGCAAGAGCGGAAGUACGCAAGGUACGUGCCUAGCGAUAAUUCAGCUUUUAGUGCUGACAUCAAGGAAUCCAAUGACUUUCCCUCAUUGGGAAAUCGCAAAUCUAAACCUAUUCCAAAGCGUUCAGCUGGAAAUCAAGCUUCGCGUGAUCCAAGAAGCGCUGCGUACGUUCUGGUUACAAAUCGCACUGCUGCGGAAAUUGAUGACGCCUUCAAAAUGCCUCGUCGAUUCUCCUAAAUCAUAUUUAUACUAAAUAUUAAUAAGAUUUUCAUAAAUACCAAACUAUAUAAUCUUAUAUGUGAAUUAUUUGCUACAGUAGAUCUGUACUUUUGAGUUAUGCAUUAUUACCUGAAAAGAGAAUACUAUAUUAGAGUUAAUCUGUACUCAUGAGUUUCGCGUCCAUGUAUAUAUAAAUAUAAUAAAUACAUUGGAACUAAGCUUUGC